AUGCUCAUUAAGAGACGCCAAGCUGUAUUUGUUCGUGAUGGAAAAGGUUCCGUUACCUACAAACUUUUAAGGAACAGUGUCCAGCGUGAGAUCAAGUUAGCCAAGUAUCACUUCUAUAACCACAAAGUCGCAUACCUUGAAAAAACGGACGUAAAAAAUGGUGAAGGCAAAUUCAAUCUCUAACCGGUCAAGACAUACAACAUAAAAGGUUUCACCAGUUUCUUGAUGAAAGCAGUGGAGAUUUAAAGUCCUUAGCCAACAAGGUGAAUAACUACUUUGUUGGUCUGACGGAUGGUUUCGAGGCUCUAAAGUACUCCGAGCCAACCAUCCAACCUGUUCCCCCUGACCUCCUGGUAUCAUUAAGUGAAGUUCGGACAUCCCUAUCUAGUUUAAACACUAGUACGGUUGUUGGUCCCGACAUGAUUCCUAACAGGGUGGUUAAGGAAUUUGCAACCGAAUUGGCCCCAGUUAUCAUGGAUAUUUACAAUUGGUCAUAAGUGGAAGGAUAUGCGCCUGGCCUACUUAAAAGUUCCUUCUUAACCCACUACCUAAAGUCUCCUCUCUGUAAGAAAUUAAAUUCUAUCUGACACCCAUCGCUCUGACCUGCACUAUCACUAAGGUUAUGGAGGGAUUCAUGAGAAGUAGCCUUAUUACUCAAAUAGCAGAGAACAUUGACCCCCGUCAAUACGCUAGGGAAGGUCAUUCUAUCGUUGAUGCCCUAAUCUACCUCUUACAGUCUAUUCAUGAAGCUACAGACACGGGGGAAUGUUCCGCGAGGAUAUUUUUUGCCGACCUCUCAAAGGGGUUUGAUCUCAUUGAUCAUAACAUCCUCUUGAAGGAACUAUCAAGCCUUAAUAUUGAUACCGUGCUGGUUGACUGGAUAAAGGCAUUCUUCACCGAUAGAAGGCAGGCUGUAAGAAUGGGGAAUUUUUUGUCUGAUUGGAAAUUCCUUUAACAUCCCUCAGGGGACAAAACAUGGUGUUAUCUUUUUACCGUAAUUACUAACAACCUACUGAAGGAUUGGAAAUUAAGAUUUCAAUUUGUUGAUGACACCACAGCCCUCGAAAUCUUGCCCAGGAACGGUUCCAGUCUACUCAAUCUAGUUGCUAAUGACAUUUACAAUUUUUCUAGUGACCACAAUAUGAGUUUAAACCCUAAAAACUGCAAAGAAAUGUUAGUUAAUCUCAUGCAUAAUCAUAACUUUGUAUUAUCACUCAUAAUUCUUGACAAUAACGUUGUGGAUCGCGUCCUUUAUCUAUAAACUCCUCGGAGUGUAUAUCAGUAACAAUCUAAGGUGGAACUAUCAGAUCGAUUAUAUUUUAAGAAGGCCUCAAAGCGCCUACUCUCAUUGCGAUUAUUGAGAUAAGCGAGAGUACACAGUAAACUAACCCUUAACAUCUACUUAACCACCAUGAGACCUAUUUUAGAAUAUGGUGCUCAGAGUUGUCAGGACCAUUCCCGCUUUCCCUUCCGAUAAGCUUGAAUCAAGUUCAGAGAAGAGCCGUGUCUAUCAUAUAUCCAUCUCUUAGCUAUGCGGUCGCCCUUACUUCGACCCAAUCGUACAAGCCUAGCAAUGACGAGGAGUCAGUUAUGUAUGAAAUACAUACAGACGUUAGGCAAUAUUAGUCAGGUCACACUCAUGACUACAAACUCAGGAAAAGGAUGACCAGUAGUAUCAAGACAUUUAACAACAGGGACAUGUGCCGUACGAAGCGUUCUGGUUCAUUUAUUACCUUCGGGAUCACGCGUACAGUGUGUAAAUGCUAAAAGUAGUAGUUUGUAAUGUAUAGCAUUGUUAAAUAGGGUAAAUUUUUGGAAGGUUGUAUUUUAUUCCUGUCAUUCAGUUUUUUUAACCGCAAUGGUGAUGAAUAGACAGUUUAUUAUUAUUAUUAUUAUUAUUAUUAUUAUUAUUCAUUGCCAAGUCACUACAACCUGUAAUUAAUGUUCACUCUUCACUCUAUGCAGGUGUUAAUGGUUUUCUGAAUCCCUCAAUAAUAACUGGUGAAAAUUAUCGUCCAAACUUUCUUUUCCUGAUCCAGUCCAAGUGCCUCUAUGUUCUAGAAUUAACGUUAAAUAAUCAAGAAAAUGGUAAAUAUAGCCAUUAGAGCAACAUAUUACAUCUUUUGUUGAAGAAAUAGGAACUGGAAUAACCUAGACUUAAUGCAAUUUUGAUAUAUAUUUUUUUAACUUUUGUUUUGUUUUGUUUUGUUUUUGUUUUUGGGUUUGUUUUUGUUUUUGUUGUUUUUUUUUGUUGCUGUUUUUUUUGUUGUUGUUUUUUUCUUUUUAAUAAUCCAAUCUCAAGCAGCAUUUUUAAAUUGCCUAUACGUAGCGAGAUUUACAAUUGUACAUUAAAAAACACAAAUAAAGUUUCCAUUAUUAUUAUUAUUACCCGAUAACUGCACUAUUCAGUACUAAUUUGGUACAAAUUUAAUUACAAGUAAUGAAAGUUGAAUUUUUAUAAGGGAAACAACGACAUGUCUUCCUUAAGGUGGCCAAUUUCGACAAAAAAAAAGCAACGACGUUGUACAAUUGUGUCUGAUGGAACCACGUCAGUUCAAUGACUUGAAACUGUUAUAAAAAUAAUACAGUCACAAGGAGAAAUUUAAAUAAACGAGUUUUAAAACAGAAAUCGAUGAUACAAAAUAUUCUUGACGUUUCGAUGGCUUCAUGUCAUCAUUAUCAAUAGCUAAGAAAUUAAAAUGAUUCCCUGUAUACAUAAAGUACGGAAGGCGCGCGUUGAAAUUGAAGCGUGUAAAUGGAGAAUGACCGGAAUUAAAUAAAGAGUCUCGAAAGGAUGGAGUCCGAUUGAGUAUUGAGUUAGGUCCGCUUUCCUUUUUCCCUCUUUCAAAUAUCAGACACUCAAGUUUCCCUCCGCAUUUCUUGAGGAUUUUAAAGUUUGCGUCAAAGUUCGCACUUUGUUUUUUAUAUCAGCGAAUCAUGUUCAUUUCUUAGCUUUUGAUGAGGAUGAUGAUGAUGAUAUAAAGCCAUCGAAACGUCAAGUUUCUUUUAUAUAG